CGCUUAUUCGUAUACUCCGUACCGGGAGGUAUCGCGUCAUGGAUCGGGAGUGGGGAUCGAAGCCCGGCAGCGGCGGUGCCGCCUCCGCCCAGAAUGAGGCGAUCGACCGCCGGGAACGACUCCGGCGGCUCGCCCUCGAGACCAUCGACCUCGCCAAGGACCCUUACUUCAUGCGAAACCAUCUCGGAAGCUAUGAGUGCAAGUUGUGCCUGACGCUUCACAACAACGAGGGGAAUUACUUGGCCCACACCCAGGGGAAGCGCCAUCAGACCAACCUAGCCAAGAGAGUCGCCCGCGAGGCCAAGGAUGCGCCCGCUCAGCCUCAGCCGCACAAGCGCAAGGUCUCCCUCCGCAAGUCUGUUAAGAUUGGGAGGCCUGGAUACAGGGUAACAAAGCAAUUUGAUCCAGAGACAAAGCAGCGAUCUCUACUGUUUCAGAUCGAGUAUCCUGAAAUUGAAGAUAACAGUAAGCCAAGGCACAGGUUUAUGUCAUCCUUUGAGCAGAGGAUUGAAGCAUGUGAUAAGCGAUACCAGUAUCUACUACUUUCAGCUGAACCAUAUGAGAUCAUUGCCUUCAAGGUCCCAAGCACAGAAAUUGAUAAAUCAACACCAAAAUUCUUCUCCCAUUGGGAUCCAGACCUAAAAAUGUUUACGCUGCAACUGUACUUCAAGAUAAAGCCACCAGAAGCCAAUAAACCACAACCUGCUCCUGUUGCCAAUGGUACUGCACCUCCGGGUGUUCCUCCGCGGCCAUUGGCACCUCCACCUCAAGCGCCACCACUGCCACCGCUCCAAGCACCUCCACCUGCCGCCCCUCCUGCUCCAGUCAUGAAUCCUCCAAGGCCUCCACCACCUGCAAUGGUGGGAUCACAACCUCCCCCUCCACCACCAGUGGCAAAUGGCCCUCCCGGGCCGAUACCGCCCCCUAUCGGUGGCAGCGCAAUGGCUAACUUCACGCCCGGCCGUCAAGCCCCUCGACUUCCCCCUCCCCCUCCCCCUCCCCUGCAAGGUUUUCCUGGGCAGCAGAUGCAAGGUCAAGCUCCUCGACCUCCACAGCCACCACCUAACAUGGGUCACUGAACCAUGGAUGCCGUCUGAGCCAAUCUCUUUUUGCUGUCGGUAGUCUUAUGUGAGCCUUGAUGGAUGUAUUUGGGUAUAUGGUCAACGGACGGGCUACUGCUGUUGUAAUGUUAUUUCGUUAUUACGGAACAAGAUUUGAUAUUCCAUACCAAAUUGGUGAGUCAAA